UUACUUAUAGAGUGGUAUUUGCAACAAAAGCGUUAAUUAAAGUCUUAAGUAGCUUUCUUAUUGUAUCUACAGUAACAUCGUCCUCUAGUAAGUACAUGUAUUCACAAAAAUAAUUAUUAAAUAUUAUUGUUGCGGCACUCGUUUAACUAGGAGAGACGGGGGAGAAAGAGGAGAAGGAGGAGGCAGCUCAAAAACACCCCUUCCCUCCUCAAUGUUGCCAGAAAAAAAUGGUAUCUUCAAAUAAGUUCUGGGUUCUUCACUGAAAAUUAGGGAUGUACCGAAGCUUCGGCUUCGGCUUGCCGAAGCUUCGGCAAUUUUGCCGAAGCUUCGGUUCGGCCGAAGCCAUGGGCGUUUUUUGCCGAAUCAUUUGCUUCGGCAAAAAAAUGGACAUUACUAAGCUGGCAUUCGACUGAGGAAGACAUUUUUUAAACGUUCACACGUUGUCUGUUUUCCGAAUAUAACGUAGUUGAACGUUCAAAAUUCUUCUUUUUUUUUUCUUCUUCUGAGAAAUUUAAAUAAGCCUCUGAUUUAUACAGUUGCGAAGAUUAAAUGAAUCCAGCAACGGCUUUUGGAGGUGGCAAGGCCGCGUGUAGGGCGGCUAAAAACGGCACGAUAGCGGAUAGAAAGUAAAGUUACUUAAUGAAACACAUUGAUUUUUUUAUAAUCACUCAAUAUAAGCUGAUUUAAACUGUAACAUUAUAGUAAACUUUAUAUAAUUAAAUACCAUAACCCUAAUACUUAGUUAUGAUCACUCGAGCUUAGCAAUAAAAUUUAUUUAUGCAUUAGUUGGUAGUAAAAUAAUGUAAAAUUAUUAAAAUUUAAUUUUUUCAGCAUUUAGUUAUUAGUUAACAUCAACUUCUAAAAUCCGAGUUAUGUUAAAUUAUAUAUUUUUUAAUAUUAAAUUAAAAUUAAAAAUUAAACCUGGAAAUAAAUCUUCAUUUAAAAUUACUUAGAUGUAACUAAAACAUAGCGCACGAAAGUUAAGAGAGUUAACUAUUCUCGAAAUUUUUAAAAAUCUAUACAAUAAGUUAAUUUUAACGCUCGAAACAAUUUUUAUUCAGAAAGUUUGUUUUACUAAGUCACAGAGAGAACGCAGAAAGACACUACACAGAAAGACACUACACAGAAAAGACACUACACAGAAAAGCACAAUUGAAAUGUAAGUCAAUUGCGUUUGUUUUUGAUUUUGUACGCUGGAUCAUUAGUAAAAGUAAAUAUACCUGCUCUACAAAUAUAGGUUAAUUGGUUAUUUACGACUUCGAUUUUUUUUAAUUCAAAUAAUAUUUGAAUCAAAAAAUUGAACGAAUAUUGUUUAUUUCAAUAAAUAUUAUUAAAGGUAAGAAAAUAAUUAAACUUUCUAUUUCAAUUUUCAGAAUUGUUAUUAUAACUUUAAGUUAUCCAUUAGCGCAUUAUGGCUACCUCAUCGCGAAGUAAAAAUCCCUUAUGGAAUUAUUUUAAAGUGAGUGAUGAAGAUGUUGGCAAAGCCAUCUGCAUACUUUGCAAGAAGAUUUUGUCUAGAGGAAGUAAAGACGCACACAACAUGUCAACAACAAAUUUACAAAACCAUCUGAAAAAAGUACAUUACAAUAUACAUAGCAUGAUUCUUUCUCAGAAGAAAAUUAUUAACCACGAAUCUUUACCAAAUCCAAAUGAAAAGUCUAUAAAACAAUUUUGCACUACUCGAACAAUAUGCUCAGAUAGAACAAGCUCUGCUGAAUCAGUGCAAAUCAUUACCAGCACUGCCACAGAUGAAACGCAGGGAAGCUCGCGUGUGUCUAAUAACACAAUUGCCUUUUUUCAAAAAGCAUCAACACAGGUAACUCAGCUAACUGUAGCUGAAUUCAUUUACUAUUCAGUAUUCAUGAUUUUGUGACUGGAUGGGGGCAUAUCUUGUCGAAAAAUUAUCUUUUGUAUAAAAAAAUGUUAACUUAACUUAUCUAAGCUUAUAAUAUUAUAAUAAAUGUACUGGUGAGGGGGGAAAGAUACAUACCUCUAUCCGCCACUUAGAUCCGUCGCUGGCCAUUGUUAGUUACAAGUUGCUAAGUAAUUUUUUUAAUUCGUUGAAUUUGUUUCAGGUCUCACUGCGGGAGAUUUUGCAAAGAAAAGAAUUGUGGCAACUUGAUAAUCCUAAGGCUCAAGCUAUUACCAAGCUUAUUGGAGAAAUGAUAUGUUUAGACUUGCAGCCAUACUGUAUUGUUGAAGAUAAAGGUUUUACCCGACUUUUAAAAAAUUUAGCUCCAAACUAUACAAUACCUACUCGAAAGUAUUUCUCCACAAAAGUCAUUCUACUGAUGUAUGAAACCAUAAAAGCCAAAGUAAAAUAUGAGCUUGAUCAAGCAGAUUUCUUAAGUUUAACUAGUGAUGGUUGGACCUGUCAGCACACAAUUCAAUCGUAUUACAGUUUAACAGCUAGAUUUGUAACGCAUGAGUUUACAGUUAAACAUUUCAUCUUACAAGUUACACACUUCCCUGAGUCGCACACAGGGCACAAUAUAAGUAAAUUCAUAAAUGAAGCGCUACAAUCAUGGGAAAUUCCCCAUGAAAAAAUUCAUGCAGUUUUAACUGAUAAUGCAGCCAAUGUAAUGGCUGCCAUUAAAGAGUCAAAUUUAGGCGAUAAACAUCUUCCAUGUCUGAUACAUACUUUACAACUUUGUAUUCAGAAAAAGAUUUUUAGAGAACAAAGAACAGCAAGUGAUACAAUAGCUGUUUUUCGAGCAUUAGCAGGACAUUUCCACCACUCAUCUAGUGCUGUGGCUAAACUAAAGGAAAUUCAAAGUCAACUAAAAUUGCCAGAGCAUAACAUAAUUCAAGAUGUUUCCACAAGAUGGAAUUCGACAUACUAUAUGCUUGAAAGGUUCAUUGAGCAGAAAAAAGCUAUUACAUUGUAUUGCAUUACCAGAAAUCAAGCAAAUGCAAAAAAUCCUACGGAAAAUCAAUGGCAACUUGCUGAAAUGCUUGUAUGCAUAUUAAAACACUUCGAAAGUACUACAAAAGACAUGAGUAAAGAAACGGCAUGUAUAUCAGAGAUUAUACCAUUUAUCUAUGCAAUGGAAAAGUUUCUAGACUACGCUUGUGACACGGCAACUGAAAUAAAAACUGUUGUUGAUGAACUUAAGAAAGAUUUUAACUGUCGUUUUCAAAAAUACAAGGAUAAUGUUGAUUUAAAAAUCGCGAUGAUGCUUGAUCCUCGUUUCAAGUUAAAGUUUGUUGAAGACAAGAAUCAUAAUAUGUUUAAAGAAAUACUCCAUUUAGAGUUCUACCGUUUUUGUUCCAAAUCUCAUUUAGAACAAGUAAAAGAAAUUGAAUUUGGUGUAGCAAGAGGUAGUGGAUCAGACUCAGAAGAAUCAUUAAGUUCAUUUUCAGAAUCUAAAAUUCAUGAGUCCGACUCAGAUUUUAAUGGCCAUGGCUCUCCAUUAAAAAAAAACAAACCAAUGAGCAUGGACAUAUAUAGCUUGUUCCACCAAAUCGGUGCAAAUGAGUAUGCUCUACAAAAUUCAGAAAAUUCUGACGGACGGAGAAAAGAAAAAAAACACUAGUUUAAUGGGAAAAACUCUAACUGUCAAGGAAAAAUGCACCGAUGAAGUCAACUUCUACUUGAGCCUUCCAAUACUGCCAAAGAAUGAAUGCCCUUAUAAGUGGUGGAGUGCAUACCGUUACACUUCCUCUGAUAAAGAUACUUACAAGUUGAAUUUGUCAAAGUUUUCAAAGAAAGUUUUGUGCGCGCCUCCUUCAUCUGUAAAAAGUGAACGCUUAUUUAGCACAUCUGGAAACAUAUUUGAAGCAAAAAGAAACAGACUAUUACCCGAACAUGGAGAACAGAUUGCAUUUUUAAAUUGUAAUAUGCCUGCUUUCAUUGAAUAAAUUUUUAUUAACUAAAUAAUAGACUAUAGCUUCUUAGUUCAACUGAUUCAACUUUUUAACAAAAUUUGAAACAAAUACCAAAUUUUGUGUUCAAAUUAAAAUAAUGACUACUUUUAUAUUUUUACAUUUUACGUGUUUACAUUUUUAUAAAUUCUUUCAAAGAAUAGACCAUAAUUUACCUUAAGUAUCAGUAAAUGUCUAAGAUUUAGUGAUGUAAUCUUUCCUAUACCUGCUAGAUAUAUAGAGUUAAGACUCUAAAUUUCACUAUCUAAAUUUUUGUACAAAAUUUGUUUAAAUUUUUUAUAAUAUUGGUUUUGUUUUAUAAUUUUCCUAAAAUGGGCAUGUAGGCCAAAACAUUGAAACCUAAAACAUUGAUAUAUAAUUUUGAAAGCAACUUGAUUAUUCAAAGCACCGUGGUGAAGUAAAUUGAGCUUUAAAUUACGUAUAGCUUAAGCCGAAGCUUCGGCUUCGGCCGAAGCUUCGGCUUCGGCAAAGUGGCUUCGGCCGAAGCUUCGGCUUCGGCAAAAUUGCAGCUUCGG